AUGUCAGAUAAUAAUCGUUUUGCACAAUUCAAAUUAGUACUUUUAGGGGAAAGUGCUGUGGGUAAAUCAUCUAUAGUUCACCGUUUUGUCAAGAACACUUUCGACAAUAUGAGAGAAUCAACAAUUGGUGCAGCAUUUUUAACCCAAACUAUCACAUUACCUGAAUCCAAUACCACCAUCAAAUUCGAAAUAUGGGAUACUGCAGGUCAAGAAAGAUAUAAAUCAUUGGCUCCAAUGUAUUAUAGAAAUGCAAAUGCCGCCUUAUGUGUUUAUGAUAUAACAAGCAGAUCCUCAUUUAAUAAAGCUCAAGAUUGGAUCAAAGAAUUGAAGAAACAAGCUCCAGAAGGUAUUGUGAUUUGUUUGGUGGGUAAUAAAUUGGAUUUGGAGAAUGAAAGAGAAGUUGAUCAACAAGAAGUGAUAGAAUAUGUUCAAGAAUUGAAUCAAGAAAAUGAUAAUGUUAUUUUAUCUGAAUGUUCAGCCAAAAAUGGUGAAGGGGUUUUGGAUAUUUUCAAUAAAAUUGGUAGAGCUUUACCUGUUGAAGAAGUAAUCAAUGGAGCAAAUAAUAGAUCAAGACAAGUUGGAUCUAGAAAACCUGGAGUAAAUUUAUCAAGACAACAAAAUCAACCUCAAUCAAGUAAUUGUUGUUAA